AUGUUAACAUGUUAUAUAUUUAUUUCUCUCUCUCAGGAGCUGUGUAAGGACCCUCGUCUCUUUGUGGACAGGAUCAGCACAUGGGACCUGCACCAAGGCAGCUUGGGUAACUGCUGGAUGGUGGCGGCCACUUCCUGUCUGGCCUCGGAGCCAUCUCUGUGGAAGAAGGUGAGGGUUCAAAGGGCAGAGGCCAAAUCCUUAUAGGUCACCCUCACUGGCUUACUUCCUGGUCACUGAUUUAAUUUUCAUUUCACUGAAGAGGUCUUGAUGAUAUGUUGCUUAUAACUGAAUCAGACAUGUUAGUGCUGGGCUGGAAUAAAACCCUGCACACUCUGUAGCUCUGAAUGACCAGGAUUGGUGGCCGCCUCUGUACUAACACAUUCAAUGACCCCUAAACCCUUGUUCAAUUUGGUUGGUCUAAACCACCAGGUUAUUCCUGACCACGUGGAACAGGAGUGGAACCCCAAGCGUCCGGACCUGUACGCCGGAAUCUUCCACUUCCGCUUCUGGCGGCUUGGCCGCUGGACAGACGUGGUGGUGGACGACCGCCUGCCGGUCAGCGAGGAUGGAACGCUGAUCUUCUGCCGCUCGGCCACGCCACGGGAGUUCUGGAGUGCCCUGCUGGAGAAGGCCUACGCCAAGUGAGACUUUAUACUAUAUUAAAGCCAAAACACUGCUGAGAUAUUAGAUUUCAGGUUGGCUAAGAGGAGGCUUGGGAUUUUAGAUAUAAUGAAUACAGUAUACACCACACAGUAUACACCACACAGUGUACACCACACAGUAUACACCACACAGUGUACACCACACAGUAUACACCACACAGUGUACAUCACACAGUGUACAUCACACACAGUACACACCACACAGUGUACCACACAGUAUACACCCACACAGUGUACACCAACACAGUAUACACCACACAGUAUACACCACACAGUGUACAUCACACAGUGUACAUCACACAGUACACACCACACAGUGUACCACACAGUAUACACCACACAGUAUACACCACACAGUAUACACCACACAGUGUACACCACACAGUAUACACCACACAGUAUACACCACACAGUGUACACCACACAGUAUAGACCACACAGUGUACACCACAUAGUAUACACCACACAGUGUACAUCACACAGUGUACAUCACACAGUACACACCACACAGUGUACCACACAGUAUACACCACACAGUGUACACCACACAGUAUACACCACACAGUAUACACCACACAGUGUACAUCACACAGUGUACAUCACACAGUACACACCACACAGUGUACCACACAGUAUACACCACACAGUGUACACCACACAGUAUACACCACACAGUAUACACCACACAGUGUACACCACACAGUACACACCACACAGUGUACCACACAGUAUACACCACACAGUGUACACCACACAGUAUACACCACACAGUAUACACCACACAGUGUACACCACACAGUGUACACCACACAGUAUACACCACACAGUGUACAUCACACAGUGUACAUCACACAGUGUACAUCACACAGUACACACCACACAGUAUACACCACACAGUGUACACCACACAGUAUACACCACACAGUAUACACCACACAGUGUACAUCACACAGUGUACAUCACACAGUACACACCACACAGUGUACCACACAGUGUACAUCACACAGUAUACACCACGCAGUGUACACCACACAGUAUACACCACGCAGUGACCACACUUGACAAAAUAAACCAGUAGCUAGUCAACAUUCUUUCCUUAUCCUCACCCAUUUAACAUUUCCCCAGUCUUCCAACCCUUUCCUCCCCUCCCCCUCUCCCCCAGGUUGAAUGGCUGCUAUGAGGCUCUAGAAGGCGGUAACACAGCAGAGGCCCUCAUAGACUUCACAGGGGGGGUGUCGGAGCCCCUAUGCCUGGACAGGGAGGCCCUCACCCUGCACCCCGACCAGAGGAGGGCGCUGUUCCAGACCCUGGCCAAGGCCCACGGACGCAGAGCCCUCAUCACCUGCUCCAUACGGGUCAGUGACCAAUACACUUUGCCCUGCAUAACCACAGAUCUAGGAUCAGCUUACCCUCCUCUCCACAACGUAACAGUAACCAUGUGUGGGGAAGAUUUUCAAUUGACCAUAGAUCAGUGAAUUAGUACUGAAAGAUCAGCUUGACUGUUGAACUUCAAUCCAUCACAAUACCAGAGACCAUUACUGGAGGCCUCAAAAUCUAGGCUUGUGCCCACCUGCCCUAGAUGUGAUAUGAACAUGUGCAUUCAGGGUGGUAAUGAAUGGUUUUGGAUUGGGCCAGAGAGCUUCUAUGAAUGUCGUCCUACCAGAGCGAUCACCUCUACCUACUGUACUGUAGUGGGUUAUAGAGAGACAGGUGGCUAUACAGUGGCUGUGUUGAGCAUAGUCCAGCAUUAACAAUAUUAACACUUACAUUUACUGUAUGACAGAAUGGCACUGCAUGCUCUCUAUCCUGUCACGUUCUCGUCUUUGACUUCCUCUUUCGGCCCUUCCUCUGUCCUGUCCCAUCCUCAUAAACACUCCAGAUACAUGCCUCUAUUGAUUAAUGAUCUGUACUGUUCAUUGUGUAGUUAUAGUAUUGUGCAGGAUUCCAAUUAUACAAAUCAGAGCGCCUUCAUAGAGUGCCUGUGGUGUGUAUUGGUAUUAGCAUAUCUCUAUUGUGUAUCUGUAUUGACUCUCUCUCUCUCUCUCUCUCUCUCUCUCUCUCUCUCUCUCUCUCUAUCUCUCUCUCUCUCUCUCUCUCUCUCUCUCUCCAGCCAGCGGAGGGAGAGAGAGUAGAGUCGGUGCUAGACUGUGGUCUGGUGCGGGGCCAUGCCUAUGGUAUCACCGCAGUGAGGAACGUGUGUCUGGGGGAGCGGUCGCUGCUGCCUGGCGGCUGUAGCGGGACGUCCCGUCUCUGCAUGGUGCGCAUGAGGAACCCCUGGGGUACAGCCGACUGGACCGGGCCCUGGAGUCAGGGGUGAGGGGGGGCGGCUACUGCUGUUCGAGUCUAUCGUGAUACUGUAUAUUCAACAAAGAACUAUAGGCCAAGGGUUGUCCCUUUUGGGUAAUGGCAAAAAUCAGGAACGGGCUAGAAACAAGGUUUUGUCUAUUUGGUCCAUUGACUUAGAGCUCCAAUGCGCCCCCUUCAGGUCUCAGCAGUGGCAGCAGGUUGGUCGUGGUGAGAGGGAGAAGAUGGGCCUCAUUGUCAGAGAUGUGGGAGAGUUCUGGUAAAGACAAAUAGUCAAAUAAGCAUCACUCUUUUAAUAGAAAAGAUCUCAAAUGUGCAAUGCAUUGCACAAGUCACAAAUACACUACAAUUCCUGUUGAAAAGCUAAAUAAAUACUUUUUCACCCUUCCUUCAGGAUGGAGUUUGAGGAUUUCUGCCGCUACUUCACAGACGUGGUGGUGUGUCGUCUGGUAGAACGAGCCCUGCUGUGGCCCAGCACCCACUGGAGAGAGGUUCGCUGGUAUGGGGAGUGGGUCCCAGCCCCCAACACUCCCGGGGCCACCCCCGCCAACCUCCUUCCCACCCGCCAGGCAUCCAAUCUGGGCAAGAACACAGCCAAGCCUGGGGGGGUGAACCAGACUCAGAGAGGGGACCGGAAGGAGGCAAGAUUGGGGGAGAGACGGAGAGGUGGAGGAGGUGGAAGAGGAGGAGGCAGUGGAGGGAGGGACAAGGUGGCUGUAGCGAAGAAGGAGGGAGAGAAGAAGACAAGGAGAAAGGAGGAGAGUGUGAAGAAGGAGGGAGAGGUUGAUGGAGGGUGGGAUAAACAGAUGGAUAAGAGGAGUAGGUGUGGAGGAUGCAUCAACCACAAAGACACCUUUCUACACAACCCCCAGGUGAGCCUACCCUAUAUAUUUCUACACAACCCCCAGGUGAGCCUACCCUAUAUAUUUCUACACAACCCCCAGGUGAGCCUACCCUAUAUAUUUCUACACAACCCCCAGGUGAGCCUACCCUAUAUAUUUCUACACAACCCCCAGGUGAGCCUACCCUAUAUAUUUCUACACAACCCUCAGGUGAGCCUACCCUAUAUAUUUCUCACACCCCCAGGUGAGCCUACCCUAUAUAUUCUACACAACCCCAGGUGAGCCUACCCUAUAUGCAUUCUACACAACCCCCAGGGAGCCUACCCUAUAUAUUUCUACACACCCCAGGUGAGCCACCCUAUAUAUUUCUACACAACCCUCAGGUGAGCCUACCCUAUAUAUUCUACACAACCCCCAGGUGAGCCUACCCUAUAGUUUCUACAAACCCUCAGGUGAGCACCCUAUAAUUUCUACACAACCCCCGGUGAGGCCUACCCUAUAUAUUUCUACAACCCCCAGGUGAGCCUACCCUAUAUAUUCUACACAACCCCCAGGUGAGCCUACCCUAUAUAUUAUUACACAACCCCCAGGUGAGCUUAUAUAUAUUUCUACACAACCCCCAGGUGAGCCUACCCUAUAGAUUUCUACACACCCCCAGGUGAGCCUACCCUAUAUUUCUACACAACCCUCAGGUGAGCCUACCCUAUAUAUGUCUACACAACCCUCAGGUGAGCCUACCCUAUAUAUUUCUACACAACCCCCAGGUGAGCCUACCCUAUAUAUUUCUACACAACCCUCAGGUGAGCCUACCCUAUAUAUUUCUACACAACCCCCAGGUGAGCCUACCCUCUAUAUUAACCCGGCCUACCUAUAUUUCUACACAACCCUCAGGUGAGCCUACCCGAUUUAUUUCUACACAACCCCCAGGUGAGCCUACCCUAUAUAUUUCUACACAACCCUCAGGUGAGCCUACCCUAUAUAUUUCUACACAACCCCCAGGUGAGCCUACACUAUAGCUAGGUUUAUGGGCAUAACAACUGGUUAAAUGGUUCAAGGCCAAGGUUCAGUCCACUCAGAGUAUGUUUGGUUAUGACUAGUAGUUACAGUGAGGGAAGAAAGUAUUUGAUCCCCUGCUGAUUUUGUACGUUUGCCCACUGACAAAGAAAUGAUCAGUCUAUAAUUUUUAUGGUAGGUUUAUUUGAACAGUGAGAGACAGAAUAACAACAACAAAAUCCAGAAAAACGCAUGUCAAAAAUUUUAUAAAUUGAUUUGCAUUUUAAUGAGGUAAAUAAGUAUUUGACCCCUCUGCAAAACAUGACUUAGUACUUGGUGGCAAAACCCUUGUUGGCAAUCACAGAGGUCAGACGUUUCUUGUAGUUGGCCACCAGGUUUGCACACAUCUCAGGAGGGAUUCUGUCCCACUCCUCUUUGCAGAUCUUCUCCAAGUCAUUGAGGUUUCGAGGCUGACGUUUGGCAACUCGAACCUUCAGCUCCCUCCACAGAUUUUCUAUGGGAUUAAGGUCUGGAGACUGGCUAGGCCACUCCAGGACCUUAAUGUGCUUCUUCUUGAGCCACUCCUUUGUUGCCUUGGCCGUGUGUUUUGGGUCAUUGUCAUGCUGGAAUACCCAUCCACAACCCAUUUUCAAUGCCCAGGCAGAGAGAAGGAGGUUCUCACCCAAGAUUUGACGGUACAUGGCCCAGUCCAUCGUCCCUUUUGAUGCGGUGAAGUUGUCCUGUCCCCUUAGCAGAAAAACACCCCCAAAGAAUUUGUUUGACGGUGGGGAUGGUGUUCUUGGGGUCAUAGGCAGCAUUCCUCCUCCUCCUGACACGGCGAGUUGAGUUGAUGCCAAAAAGCUCCAAUUUGGUCUCAUCUGACUACAACACUUUCACCCAGUUCUCCUCUGAAUCAUUCAGAUGUUCAUUGGCAAACUUCAGACGGGCCUGUAUAUGUGCUUUCUUGAGCAGGGGGACCUUGCGGGCGCUGCAGGAUUUCAGUCCUUCACAGCGUAGUGUGUAACCAAUUGUUUUCUUGGUGACUAUGGUCCCAGCUGCCUUGAGAUCAUUGACAAGAUCCUCCCGAGUAGUUCUGGGCUGAUUUCUCACCGUUCUCAAGAUCAUUGCAACUCCACGAGGUGAGAUCUUGCAUGGAGCCCCAGGCCAAGGGAGAUUGACAGUUAUUUUGUGUUUCUUCCAUUUGCGAAUAAUUGCACCAACUGUUGUCACCUUCUCACCAAGCUGCUUGGCGAUGGUCUUGUAGCCCAUUCCAGCCUUGUGUAGGUCUACAAUCUUGUCCCUGACAUCCUUGGAGAGCUCUUUGGUCUUGGCCAUGGUGGAGAGUUUGGAAUCUGAUUGAUUGAUUGCUUCUGUGGACAGGUGUCUUUUAUACAGGUAACAAAUUGAGAUUAGGAGCACUCACUUUAAGAGUGUGCUCCUAAUCUCAGCUCGUUACCUGUAUAAAAGACACCUGGGAGCCAGAAAUCGUUCUGAUUGAGAGGGGGUCAAAUACUUAUUUCCCUCAUUAAAAUGCAAAUCAAUUCAUAACAUUUUUGACAUUUGACAUGAUUAUUUUGUUGUUAUUCUGUCUCUCACUGUUCAAAUAAACCUACCAUAAAAAUUAUAGACUCAUCAUUUCUUUGUCAGUGGGCAAACAACGUACAAAAUCAGCAGGGGAUCAAAUACUUUUUUCCCUCACUGUAGAUUCUGACAGUAGUGAUAAACACAUUCUUGAUGUUCUGAGAAGUACACUCAGUAUGCUAGUAUAGUAUCUCAAAUAUAGUAUGCUUAUACCACAAGCAUGUAAAUAGUUUGUGUUGCUAUAACUGUAAGGACUAAACAUGUACUAUUUUGGUAACUGCUGCAAUCUUAAUGGUGUCGAAAUAGACCUGUGAAAGCCUAUUCAGAGUGUUGCAGUUGGAAAACAACAUUGCUAAGCUAAAAACAACAUGGCUGACACUAAGCUAUAUUAGAGUUACUGCUAUUCUAGGGACGCUCUGCCUCCCUUCUGUCCCUUCUCUCUCUUUUCCCCCCUCUCCCACUACAGUUCAUGUUCGAGGUGCAGGGAAAGGAGGAUGAGGUGUUGAUCUGUCUGCAGCAGGAGGACAAGAGGAUAAAGAGGAAGGAUGGAGGAGGAGAGAAUCUGCCCAUCGGCUUCGAGGUGCUGAGGGUGAGUCACAGGCAAUGAUCCCUCUAAGCUGCAAACGGGCACGCAGCUCCCUGGGACUGCCAUGCAGAAGAAAUAUCAGCCCGCGCAGAGAAGCACGAGAUUGAACUUCAUUCAACUUUCAAGAGUUUUCCCCGUUAGUUAACACUAUCAACAUUUCCCUUUACUGUGGGAAUUGUGAUCGAAUCAAUGCAACCUUAGCCACUUUCAAUGCAACAUACCGAAACAAAACAAACUGUGCAAGAUUUAGUAUGCAAAACUAACUAUGUAAGAGAUUUUGUUGUAGGCAGAACGCAUCGGAGUAGAAUUCUAUUGCAUUGACAGGCACGACUCAGGCCCGAAAUCUACACAGACCGGUGUGGCAUAACCAAUCAGAGCUGCAGUAGGCCUAUAUGAAAAUAGACCAUUGCCAUAUAUGGAUCUGUGCCAUUCACAUUGAACUAGACUGGUUUAACAGCAUGAGCGGUCGUGAGUAGAUGUGCUUGUUUUGAGAUCAAAGCGAGAGCUACAUGUAGCGACAUGUGCACAUGUGUGCAUUUGUUCAUAUCCUUUGCUAGUUACUGAGUUAUUAGCCCAGUUAUAGACCCUUUGUAGUCAGCAAUGGGGGCGUGAUUGCUUCCUACAAGAGCACACAACCUUUGAAAAGCAAGUCAGGUAAAGAGCUUGCUUUUGUCUUAAAGGGGCAGUGUUGUAUUUUGAACUAAGUAGCUAAUAGGCAGAGGGUAACAUAAUUUGUCCAAUUCUCUGUAAUAAUGGUAUGGGAAUAAUUAUGCAUUUUAUUUUGUAAAGUGGUUUCUUGCAUCAAACAACAAAACAACAUUUUCAGUCAGCUCCUUGUCUGAAGGACAAGUGGAUAAACAGAUUAAUGUCAAGCCCUGCAUGUUUCUUUCAAAAGUCUCAUGAAAUGUAGGCCUACAUUGAACACCACACAUUGGCUGCUACUGUACGCUGAACGGUAGAACAGCUAUCUCCAUGUUUGUUUUUGAUGGUAGGCCACUCUGGAAGGCCUACAUUACGAUCAAAUAGCCACACUAGCCUACUUGACCACUGUUAAAACUAACUUAAAGCAGGUACUGCCUCAGUGUUCACAGUAAACGUGCGGCGGAAGUUUUACAGAGUUUGCACUCAGCAGACCUGACAUUUUCUCAGUGACAACAAUAAUUAAAGGGAACAUUGGUCACUGUAGAAUGCUACAGUACAUCCAAGGUGUGUGUGUGUGUGUCAGUGUUGGGUUCGAGACCACCUAAAGCGAGACCGAAUCAAGACCAAGACCGGAGCAAAUCGAGUCCGAGUCAAGACCAAGACCAGAGGGGGGGCGAUACCGAGUCAAGGCCUAAGGAUUUAUGAAAUAAUGAUUAUAAUAAUAAUGAUAAUGAUAUUAUUAUUUUCAAUGAUGUUCUGAUUUAAUCUCUUCAGUUUAUGUUGGAAAAUAAAGGGUUAACACUGAAGGAAUAAAGAUAAAGGCACCUGCCAUUCAACUGUAUUAGGGCAAACAUUUUGAGUGACAGUAGAAUCAACCAAUCACAUUUUGACUUAAUGGGUGGGACUGUUUUUACAAAAAUGUAUUGAAACUUCUGCCUUCUUGAAGGCCAACAGGUCACUGUGCAAUAGCGAGCAAUAGUUUUCCCACGGUCUAGCUAGCUAGCUUUUGUUGUCGGCUAGUUUGCAGCAGCUGCAGCAGGUGUUAUCAAAGUGGAUGUUGUUGCUAAUUUGUUAGCUUCUCCCUUUUCAAGAAUGACUUUCAACAAGAAGUUAAGUUUCAAAUGAUCAUCAUCUGGUGAGUGGAACUGUGUUUAUUUAAGCGCACUUGCUCUUGUUAGCUAUCUCUUUGAAAAUAACUUAUGUUUGUGAAAUAUUGUUGUAUUUAAAGUGUAACUGACAUUAUUUUAGCAACAUGAACAUUUAUUAAAAUCUGUUAAUAUACACCCCCAGGAAGAAUAUGACACUUAAUAUAUAUAUAUAUGACAAGCAACCACUUAAAUAUAGUCAUUUUCAAUUUUCAUAAAUUCUUAGAAUGUUUGGGAAUUACGUAUAGUAUACUAAGGGAUUUGUGAAAAUUCUAUAGUAAUAUAGAGUGGGAAAGCGGCCUUGCGUUUGGACAAUUAAUAGACACUGGAGUUAAUAAAACCGAAUAAAAACAUCUGUCUUGUCCAGGACCAGAGUCUACACAGACCGGUGCGCUAUAGCCAAUUAGAGCUACAGUAGGCCUUUAGACAAACAAGCCAUUUCCACACGGGCCUGCCAUCAUUCACUUUGAACUGGACUGUGUGUUUACAGGCAGUUGCAACAGCGCGACUUUAAAUCAUUAGAACACAUUCUCCAAAAGCCACAAAAUACACCUGAAUGGAUUUCUGCAAAUAUGUAAACACCACAGGAGUCCUCUUACAUUUUGGAACUUUACAGUCCGAUUGAUCAAACAACCAUGAAAAGGUAUGCUCUCUCUCCAUCAGUUAUGCACAUCAACAACAAGAAGAUCAAUAACUAAUGCUAGCAAGAGCAAGAUAAGCUAAAAUAAACCCUCUCACACUUUUUCAGCUAGUUGGCCGUCAAAAUUGCACUGAUAAACGAUGGGGAAUUGUAGCCUCCUCGUUCUUCUGCAGCUUGCCUGCCAAUGCAUGCUUGUCCCAACCAAGCACCCAAGCUAACUGGCUAAAGUUGGCUAGAUUGCUAACUAGCUACUUCCAGACACAAAUGAGAGAACACCUCACUCUGACCAUUUUACUCGCCGUAGCAGAGCUGGUUAAGCUGUUUACAUGUUAACUAGAGCGUUCUUGACGAACUAUUACUGUUUUUACCUACGUUUACUGACACCGGUCAUAUUCAGUUGGUGUUGCUCGUUUGCAAAUUCAUCAGUUGUUCUGCGCUCUGGCACACUCAGACGAGAGUGCUCUGAAAUCGGAGUAGAUAGCCAGUGUGAAUUGACAUUCCCAGCCUUAGUUACAUUCGUCCAUUUUUGUCCAGAAUAUUGAGUCAUUGAAACUGAAUCAGUGCAUCCCGAAUGGAGGCAGCAAACAAUGUACCAAGCCAGCUGUGGUUUACAACCUAAUAGCAAUAUUUUUUGGACUACCACGAAAUGUAUUGGCCAAUUAUAUUAAUCAUGCAUUGAAUCUUUGAAAGUAUUUUCAAAUACUUAUUUCCAAAUACAUUAUUUUGAAUACUCCUAGGACCAGGGCCCGUAUCCACAAAGCGUUUUAUAGUAGAAAAUUGGGCAUAAGUGCUGAGAGUAGAGACAGUUUACUCCUACAUGCCAAUACUUUCCAAGUGUAUUAUCAAAUACAUUCCAAUAUUCAACUUCUCGUGCUUUCAAGUAAAAAAUAUCUGAAUACUUACUUUGAAAUGUAUGUGAAAGUAAUUGGGAUAUUUCAAAUAGUAUUUGAACCCAGGUCUGGUACAUAAGUGUGUGCAUCAUAUUUACUGUACGUUUACCCGCAUAUUAAUUCACCCUCCCCACUGUUAACAGGUGGAGGUGAACCGUCUAAGCCGUGUGCAGUGUGUGGUGGAGCAGGCUGCCAGCUCUGUGUACAUGGACUCCCGUAGCGUUGCCCUGCGAGUGACCCUGGGCCACGGCCGCUACGCCCUCCUCCCCACCACCUUCCAACCUGGGGCCACCGGACGCUUUCUGCUACGCCUCUUCUCCCAUUCACACCUCAGACUC